AUGGGUUCUUUCCAGAGAAGUGUUCCCCCGGAUAGGGAAAACGAGCAGGCGAUAGCAAUUCUGAAGAAAGGAGCGUAUCUGUUGAAAUACGGUCGGCGUGGGAAACCUAAAUUCUACCCUUUUCGGCUUUCAAGUGAUGAGAUAUAUUUGUUAUGGUACUGUGGGAAAAAGGAGAAACGUCUUAAACUGAGUUCUGUGACAAGGAUCAUACCUGGACAACGAACUGCAGUUUUCCGACGAUACCCUCAACCCACAAAGGAAUAUCAAUCUUUUUCUCUUAUAUAUGGCGACCGGUCUCUUGAUUUGGUAUGCAAGGACAAGGAUGAAGCUGAGUUCUGGAUCACUACCCUUCGAGCUCUUCUCUCACGAAACAGCUCUUCUGCAUUGGUAGUUCACUCAAGAAGCCGUAGUUUUGUUCCUGACUAUGGAGAACAAAGUAGUUCGAGCAAGGAGUCAAAGUCUAACAUCAGAUCCGUCAGCAGUGACACAAGCUGCGAGGUUUUUGUUUCUUUCUUCAAGAGUUGUUUCCUAGUCAAUAUCCUAUCUCAUCUGGCACUGUUGCAGGAACAUGCAAAGAAGGCCGCCUCAGGGUCUCACUGCAACACUCCACAGAGACUGGGGAAAGUUUUCUCGGAGGUUUUGUCACAAACUGCUGUACUAAGAGCACUCUCUUUGGACGAACUGGUCCAUAAACCUCAUAACUCGUCUCCAGAGAAUUUAGAGAAUCGACCUACUAAUAACUCCCCUGCUGUUGAUACAAGUAAAUAUAGCGUUUCAAGCGCAGUGAGCUCAUCUAGUCACGGAUCCACUUUUGAGGACUUGAAGUCUCUCUGUGAUGUCUUUGUUUGGGGAGAGAGUAUAGGAGAUGGGUUAUUAGGAGGUGGUAUGCACAAAAGUGAAAGCAGUUCUUCUCUAAUGAGUGAAUCCUUCUUGCCCAAAGUCUUGAAAUCACAUGUGGCACUUGAUGCGCAGAGCAUAUCUUGCGGUACCAAUUACGCUGUGUUGGUCACAAAGCAGGGACAGAUGUACAGCUGGGGAGAAGAAUCUGGUGGCAGGUUAGGACAUGGAGUUUGUUCCUAUGUUCCACAGCCGAAACUCAUCGAUGAAUUUGAUGGAACAUCGGUGGAGAUAGCUGAUUGUGGGGAGUUUCACACUUGUGCUGUAACAGCCUCAGGGGAUUUAUAUGCUUGGGGUGAUGGAGCUCACAAUGUUGGUCUCCUUGGACUUGGUAGUGAAGCUAGCCACUGGAAACCGGUACGGAUACUUGGUCAGAUGGAAGGUAUAAUUGUAAAAACCAUCUCUUGUGGACCUUGGCAUACAGCUUUUGUGACAUCAGAAGGUAAGCUGUUUACAUAUGGUGAUGGCACUUUUGGCGCGCUUGGACAUGGUGAUCGUAUCAGCACAAGCGUACCUAGAGAAGUUGAGUCGUUAAGUGGCUGCAGAACGAUAAAGACAGCUUGUGGUGUUUGGCAUUCAGCUGCUGUUGUAAGUGUCUUCUGUGAGGCCACGUCAUCUGGAAAGCUCUUUACUUGGGGUGAUGGAGAGGAUGGGAAACUAGGACAUGGUGAUAAAGAGUCUAGACUAAUCCCAUCUUGUGUAACUGAGCUGGAUACAACAAACUUUCAACAAGUAGCUUGUGGCCAGAGCAUUACCGUUGCUCUCUCUGCGUCCGGACAAGUCUAUGCAAUGGGAAUCGUUGAUCCGAGUCAUGACAAUGUAGUGAGAGCUCCUUCUUGCAUUGAAGGUGUUCUAGGAAAGAGUUUUGUACAAGAAGUGGCUUGCGGGUUUCACCAUAUCGCGGUCUUGAACUCGAAAGCUGAGGUCUACACUUGGGGCAAAGGAUCAAACGGACAGCUAGGACACGGAGAUACUGAGUACAGACGUGUGCCGACUCUUGUGAGAGCUUUGAGAGGUAAACAAGUGAGGAAAGUUGUGUGUGGCUCUAACUACACAGCGACCAUUUGUCUUCACAAACCAAUCACAGGUACAGAUAGCUCAAAGUGCUCUGGUUGUCGCCAUCCUUUUAACUACAUGAGGAAGCUACACAACUGUUACAACUGUGGAAGUGUCUUUUGUAACUCAUGCACUAGCAAGAAGUCCUUAGCAGCAGCCAUGGCUCCCAAGACGAACAGGCCUUACCGUGUGUGUGAUGACUGCUAUAUCAAACUCGAAGGAGCUCGAGAAGUACUUUUAGGAACUCCAGCGAACAGUGCAAGAUUCUCAAACGCGAGUCUACCAUCUAGCAGUAACGAGAUGGAAGAGAUUGGCAUAACACCACAGCGUCAGCUUCUUAGGGUGGAUUCGUUUGAUUUCUUUAGACAAUCCAAGAUCCCUGAUCUUAAAACCAUUGGUGAAACAUGUAGCUCGUCGAAUCACUCGAGUAUGGAGAUUAAAGGUAGUUUUAACUUGAAAGGGAUACGGAGACUCUCAAGGCUUACAUCUUUUGAUUCUGUUAAUCAAGAAGGCAAACAACGCGCCAAGCAUUGUGCUUCGAAAUCAGACACAUCCUCUCUUGUAAGACACUCUGUGACUUCUGGUCUCCCGUUUUCACGUAGAGGCUCUGUUGAGUUGUUUCCUUUGUCUAUAAAAUCAAGCCCGGUUGAGUCUGUUGCAACGGACUUCACUACAGACAUUACAGAUACGGAGUUGCUGCAAGAAGGGACAAAGAAACCGAAUCAGUGUCUUAACCAGGAAAUAUCAGUACUCAAAGCACAGGUGGAAGAGCUUACCCGAAAAACAAAACAACUUGAAGCCGAACUGGGAACAACUUCGAAGAAGCUUGAAGUUGCGGUGUUAAUGGCGAGUGAUGAUGCAGACAAGAUCAAAACUUCAGAGGAGAUAAUCAGGUCCCUUACUCUGCAGUUAAUGGACGCGACCAAGAAAGAUGUAGACAAGACAAGGAGACGACGAAGCUCGUUUUGAUUUUAAAUAUCUAACUAGAGAACAUAGCCUCUAAUCUCUGAUCAAAGCAAAGAAAGGGGAUGGAAACUGAAAUAGAUUGAGAAUUCUGGGGUUGAAUGUAAAAUACGACAAGUUUGAUACAUCCCUCUUAUCAAAUUACAUACCAAAAAUAAAAUCAAUGUAGUCAUUAAUUACAGAGCAAGAACAGAAAGCAGAGUAUAAGACAUUCAAA